AAAGGAUUUGAUCUGAGAAGAGAAGAAAGAAAGGGUUUAUCAAUUUGGCUACUGCGUCUUCUCUUUUUCUCUUUUCGGAAGAGGUCAAAUGCCAAUGCCGGGUCGUAGAGACAGAAUCCAUCAACUCCGAGGAUCUCGAAUUGCGAUAGCCAUCAUCGUCGGAAUCCUUAUCGGCUGCGUCUGCUCCGUCUUGUUCCCCAACGGCUUCUUCAACUCUGGAUCAUCGUUGACAGCAAACCAACGCCUUUCGAAAUCGACCUCUCAGGUUGGAUCGGCUGCAUGUGAAUCGCCUGAACGGGUCAAAAUGCUGAAAUCAGACUAUGCGUUGAUCUCGGAAAAGAACGCCGAGCUAAGGAAGCAGGUCAGAGAGCUAACAGAAAAGGUACGGUUUGCUGAGCAAAAUACAGAAAAUGCGAGGAAACAAGUCUUAGUUUUGGGAUCAGAGAUCAAGGCCGGGCCUUUUGGAACUGUCAAGAGUCUGAGAACUAAUCCAACCGUGGUUCCUGACGAGUCUGUUAACCCAAGAUUAGCCAAGCUGUUAGAGAAAGUAGCUGUCAAUAAAGAGAUCAUUGUGGUUCUUGCAAACUCAAAUGUGAAACCAAUGUUGGAGUUGCAGAUUGCUAGCAUCAAGAGAGUUGGUAUUCAAAACUACCUCGUUGUCGCUUUGGAUGAUUCCAUGGAAAACUUCUGUAAAUCGAAUGAAGUUGCAUAUUACAAGAGGGAUCCAGACAAAGCGGUGGACAUGGUUGGGAAAAGCGGAGGUAAUCACGCUGUUUCCGGACUGAAAUUCCGCGUCUUGAGAGAGUUCUUGCAGCUUGGUUAUGGUGUUCUUCUGUCGGACGUGGACAUUGUCUUUUUGCAGAACCCUUUCCUUCAUCUGUACAGAGACUCUGAUGUGGAGUCCAUGAGCGAUGGACAUAACAAUGGGACGGCUUACGGGUUCAACGAUGUGUUUGAUGAACCAUCCAUGGGAUGGGCUCGGUAUGCUCACACGAUGAGGAUAUGGGUUUUCAAUUCCGGGUUUUUCUAUCUAAGACCAACUCUUCCUUCAAUCGAGCUGCUGGAUCGUGUUGCAGAUACACUAUCUAAGUCAAAGGCAUGGGACCAAGCGGUUUUCAAUGAGCAACUCUUUUACCCUUCGCAUCCUGGUUACACUGGGUUACACGCCUCCAAGAGAGUCAUGGAUAUGUACGAGUUCAUGAACAGUAAGGUCCUCUUCAAAACUGUGAGAAAGAAUUAUGAACUGAAGAAGUUGAAGCCGGUGAUUGUUCAUCUGAAUUACCAUCCAGAUAAAUUAAACCGAAUGCAAGCUGUGGUGGAGUUUUACGUUAAUGGCAAGCAAGAUGCGCUUGAUAGCUUCCCAGAUGGUUCUGAUUAAUCAAGGGAUCUGAUGCUUGUUAAGUAAGAUAUCUGGAUCUUCUUCUUCUUCUACAUCAAUGGCAGAUUCUGCUUGGGGAAAAAGGUAGGCUAGAACUUAGAUUCAGUUUCCCAUAUCUGUGGCUAUAAACUUAGAUUCAGUGCUCCUUCUGAGCUUCUGUUUAUUCUUAUCUUCUGUACUAAGAGUUUUAGUGUAUCCCAUACUCUUAAUUUCACUAAUCAAACAUUUGACUCAGCAUUA